CAGCAAUGUCGCGCUCAUUCAUCCUGGCAUGGGGUUACUGCAAGAACCCAGCUACUGCUAGAGUAGUAGGCAGCACGCGCAGUUUGGCCCCUUUCCCAUUCAUAAGAUCAUCACAAACCACGCGAUCCUUCAGUCUAUCCUCACAGCACACCAAGGAGCAGGACAAAGUCAAGAUAUUGUUUUUUGGCAGCGACUCGUUUUCAGUCCCGCACUUGGAAGCACUGAUCGCUGAAAAAGCAAAGCCCGGAUCGAUCAUCGAGAGAAUCGAUGUAGUGUCGCCUAAAGAGCGCGCAAAGAAAUCAAAGCGCGACGCAGAGGAUUCCCCGUUGACGUUGCUGGCAAAGGCACACAACCUCAACACGUUUCCUGCACCAGACCGAAAGGGCGGUUUUGAAGCAUGGUCCUUCCCUGAGGACAAGAACGUGGACGCUUGGGAUUUCGGCGUCGUAGUUUCAUUCGGGUGGUUUUUGCCAAACGAUGUGAUCUCGCGUUUCAAGAGGGCUGGUAUCAACGUACACCCAUCGCUCUUGCCCAAGUACCGAGGAUCUGCGCCAUUACAGCGCGCCAUCUUGAACCAGGAUAAGGCGACUGGUGUUACAGUGCAGCUUCUGGACCCGAACGAGUUUGAUGCAGGCAAGAUUCUCGCCCAGGCAGAAGUGGCAAUGCCAGAAAAUCCUACAUAUCGGUCGCUGGAGUCACUGCUGGCGAAGAAGGGUGGCGAACUAGUGGUUGAUGUGAUUAACAACUAUGAUGAACGGAGGCGUGAUGCAAAGGUGCAGGAUCCGGCAAAGGUUACCAAGGCGAACAAGAUUAGCCGUGAGGCAUGCAUGGUUCAAUGGGCAGCCUGGGAUGCAUCUCGCGCAGAGAGGUUACAUCGCGCCAAUGGAUUUAGAUAUCCCAUUACGGCGACAUGGACUGUUAAGGAUUCAGGAAAGACUUUGCCUAUCUCGCUAUUUGAUCUCUUCUGUGUAAAUGAUCUUUCAACGGACACCGGGACGUCCUCUGGAUAUGCCGUGGAAGAUGGAGAGGCGCCCACGAAGACUUCGCCCCCUGGGACGAUAUUCUACCAUCGUCCGUCAGAGACAAUCCAUGUCACCUGCGCAGAUGGAUCCCUGCUCGGAGUGAGGGCAGUGCAGUUCGAGGGCAAGAAGAGGGUUUCUGUUAAGGACUUCUAUAAUGGAUACCAUGUCAAAUCCGGUGUCUCCCGUUUUGAAUAAAAAAGACAUAAUUUCCUACCC